UCUUCAAAAUGGCGGAGCUAAAGAAAGCGCCCGAAAAAAAGACCGGGAAGAAAAUCGAAAAGAAAACAAAACUGAAGAAGGAACCUAAAGAUGCAUCCAAGAAUAUAAUGCGUGAAGUCCGAAUCCGGAAGUUAUGCCUAAAUAUUUGCGUAGGUGAAUCUGGUGAUCGCUUGACACGUGCUGCCAAGGUCUUGGAACAACUGACUGGUCAGCAGCCAGUAUUUUCUAAAGCUCGAUAUACAGUACGUUCAUUCGGUAUUCGUCGUAAUGAGAAAAUAGCUGUUCAUUGUACUGUUCGCGGCGCUAAAGCUGAAGAGAUUUUGGAACGUGGCUUGAAGGUACGUGAAUACGAAUUGAAAAAAGAAAACUUUUCUUGUACUGGAAACUUUGGUUUUGGUAUUCAAGAACAUAUCGACUUGGGAAUCAAAUAUGAUCCUAGUAUCGGUAUUUAUGGAUUAGAUUUCUACGUUGUAUUGGGACGUCCAGGAUUCAAUGUAGCUCACAGGAGAAGGAAAACUGGUAAGGUUGGUUUCCAACACAGACUUACCAAAGAAGACGCAAUCAAGUGGUUUCAACAAAAAUACGAUGGUAUAAUUAUAACUGGAAGAAAAUAAUACAUCAUAUGUAUUUUGUAUUAUACAAUUUAGUAAAUAAUCUUAAAAAAA